AUGCCUGACCGCGAAUCGCGCGAGUACUAUCGCGAUUACUCGCGACCUCCAGGCGGCCGAGACUCGCACCACCGCUACUAUGACGACGAAUACGUCGUCAUGGAUCGCCAACACCACCACCCGCGCGGUAGCAACGAGAACGUCUCUGCUAGGAGAAGCAACACGUCCGCCAGGCCACGGGCGCAGUCCAUGUACGACACCCCACCACGGGGUCACCCAAAUGAAUACGACAUCGAGGUCGUGUACGAUGAUGAGGAAAGCUUCGUCGGACGCGAACGAGAGCGCGGGCGGCGCGAUAGCCACAGCCCACCUCCCCAGAGCGCUCGGAGGAGCUUUGUCAGGGAUGAGGUCUUUGAUGUGCCACCGCCACCGCCGCCGCCCCCGAUGCCGCACCCGCCUGCACCUGCGCCGUCGCCGCCCGCGCGGGCAGCGUCGGUGAGAAGUGUGCGAGACAGGGGAUGGGAAAGGGAGAGGGACAUGGACGUGAUCGACGUUGUCGAGGAGCGCCACCACCACCACCGUUCUUCUCCUCUUUCCGAUCGCGCGAGGAAAAACGCGAGCACCAUGGUCAAUCCGCCCGCCAGCGUGCACCCGAGCCACUCGGGCGCGCUCGUGUCGAGAAAAAAUUCUCCCGCGAGUGGCGGUCGCGCCUCGGUAUACGAGUACGGCGACAGGCCGGGAUCAUCAUCGGCAAGAGAAAGAGACGAGUAUGCAUAUACUCGGGAUGAUGGGGUCGUGGUGGUGAGGAGCCAGCCGCAGGAAAUUGAGAUUGUGGAACAGAUCGUGCCGGUGCCGAUGAGGAGUAAGAGCAGGGCGAGGAGUAAAAGUAUGGUCAGGCGGAAGGCGAGUCUGGAUAUGAGGGGUGCGGAUAGCCCACCACCAUUCAAGAGAUUGAUCGUGGCCUGUGAUGGCACAUGGAUGAAUUCAGACAACGGCAUGGCGAACGGCGAACUAGCCGUCCCCAGCAACGUGACGCGGAUAUCUCGAGCGAUCAAACCAAUGUCGAAAGACAGAAUCCCUCAGAUUGUCUACUACCAUUUCGGGGUCGGAUCUCGUGGCAACCUUGUCAACCGAGUGAUCAGUGGCUCAACGGGAGGCGGCCUAGAGGAGAACGUGCGCGAGGCAUACUCCUUUCUCAGCAACAACUACUCUCCUGGUGAUGAAAUAUACCUGAUUGGAUUCUCGAGAGGCGCGUUCACUGCACGCAGUAUCGCAGGCUUGAUAGAGCAAAUAGGCGUGUUGACGAAGAAAGGUCUAGGAUCUUUUGUGGCCAUAUUUGACGAUGUACAACACCGGCGAGAUCGUAGUUACAAGGACAGGAACCCGGAUAUUCCGUUCUCCAACAAGCCCAAUGCCAGUGAUCCGGCCUAUCGUUACGAGCUGGAAGCGAGAGGGCUGACAACGCUCGGCGUUCGAGUCAAAGCCAUUGGCGUAUGGGAUACUGUCGGCUCCCUGGGCGCACCGCGAGUCGGCUGGCUCACAAAGGUCGGACUGCAACCGAUGCAGUCGAAGGAAAUGACCUUCUACGACACAAAACUAUCGAACUGCGUCGACUACGCCUUCCAAGCGCUAGCACUGGACGAGCGCCGCGCAUCCUUCGUACCAGCGCUCUGGGAGAAACCCCGCGACAACACGCGGACGGUGCUCCGGCAGGUGUGGUUCCCGGGCGUGCACAGCAACGUGGGCGGCGGCUACGACGACCAGCAGCUGGCCAACAUCACGCUGGCGUGGAUGGUGUCGCAGCUGCAGCCCUUCCUCGACUUCAAGGUCAAGUACGUCUUCGACCAGGAAGAGGCCAACGACCGCUUCUACAAGCGGCAGCGCAAGGAGUCGGUGCCGCGCCCCUGGAGCUUCGGCGAGAUACCCAACUCGGCCGCCGGCAUCUACAGCCUCGCCGGCAGCGCGAAGCGCACGCCGGGCCUGUACACGUCGACGGACCCGCACACGGGCCGCGGCACCGGCCGGCCGCUGCGCGACACGUGCGAGUACGUCCACGCGAGCGUCCGCGCGAGGUGGAGGCUGGGCGGGCCCGGCCCGGAGGACAAGGGCAGGUACGACCCGGAGCCGUUCGACGACUGGCGCCUCGUCGUCGAGUAUCCCCCGGAUCAUCACGACCAUCAUCGCCAUGGCGGCGGCGCCGGCCGUGGUCCUCCCCCGGAUGUCUUUUGGCGCCUGCGCAGCGGUAUCGACGAUCAGCGCGUGCCGGUCAGCACGCGCGUCUUGCCAGAGGCCCCGUUGAGCCGGCUGGAGAGGGAGCUGCUGGCGGAAAGAGACCCGGAGGCGUAUGAGUUUGUCAUGUGGCCGCCGAAGACGAAGCAAAGGCGUGUGGGUGGCGGUGGCGGUGGCGGUGGUGGCGGCGGCGGUGGUGCGGGCAGGGCGAGGAGUAAGAGCAGGGGGCCGUCUAGGAGGGAGAGGGUGUCGAUGGUUGAGCCGACGAGGGAGAGGGAGAGAGAUAGAGAGGGGGAUAGGGAUGUGGUGAGGGAGGAUGUCGUCAAGGAGAGGAGGAGGAGGAGCGCCAUUUUACCGCCGAGCGACGAUUACAGAAGAAGUAUGCCGGAGAGAUUUGAUUAG